AUGACGGUAAUGGGGUCCGCCUGUGCAGUGGAGGGCAAAAGGGCAAAGUGGUCCAAAGGUGGUAGAGACCAAGAAUGGCUUCGCUGUUUGGGCUCGUCUUUCACGGGCCUUCCAGAAUGUCUGAGUAAUGGAUGGUCGUUAUUCCCCGUGGAAGGAUGGGCACCCAUCCUUGCCUCUGCAGCAAGUACCAAGAUGUCAUUGGAGCCUUGGAGGCGCAGCGUAUGCAUUUUUCUUGGACCGCGGAGCGGGGCAUUGGCUUAUCUUGGAACAAUCUACUGUCAAGAGCGCAGUGCUAACAGCCCUCUGCCACGCGGGAAACGAUACGCUACAUGA